AUGGGUAAAAAAGAUAAAAAAGGAGAGACCACUGAUCCAUCUAGUGAAGAGGAAUAUGUCGUCGAAAAAGUGCUCGACAAAAGAACCGUCAAAGGAAAGAUCCAGUACUUAUUGAAGUGGAAAGGUUAUAAGGAAGAGGAAAGUACUUGGGAGCCUGUGGAAAAUCUUGAUUGUGAGCAGCUGAUUAAAACAUUUGAAGAAAGCCGAAAAGAAAAGGAGAAAUCACGAAAGUCUGAAGAUCGCGGGAAGAAGAGAGUACGCGAGUCUAGUGAGGACACAAGUGUGUCAGGGCGUAAAGGCCGUGAUAAUAGCGUAUCUUCUAUGGAGGAGCCUAAAGAAAGCAAAAAGGAAAAGAAGGAAGAUAAAUCUAGGUCUGGCUUUGAAAGAGGGUUAAAGGCUGAGAAGAUCAUAGGUGCUUCGGAUGCAACUGGUGAGCUAAUGUUCCUUAUUAAGUGGGCGGAAUCAGAUGAAGCUGAAUUAGUGCCAGCCAAGGUUGCCAACAUUAAGUGUCCACAACAGGUUAUUGCUUUCUAUGAGGAGCGACUUACAUGGCAUAUGCCUGCUGAGUCUGAA